UGCACUGUCGGUUUCUAAACAUUAUUAAAUACGCCCAAUAUUAUUUCCCAAAACCCAAUUAUGUUACGCCAAAAAGGUCAUAAAAGACCCACCCACUUUUUGUUUUCUUCAUCACAAAUUAUCUCAUCUCAUGGACCCUCACUCUCUCCUCCUCCUACUACUACUUCUACUUCAUCUAUGUUUUUCUUUUCUGAUUUUAGGCUGUUUUGGGGAAGCAUUUCUUCAACAUGAAAAUCCUAACAGAGAAUCAUGGAAGCCAACAACAAGAAUGCUGCUGGAGAAUGAAGAAAAAAGACCUCUUAAGAUUAAGUUUAAAGAUGCUGCUAGAAAUUGGACUGAUGCUCUUCCUAUUGGUAAUGGCCGUCUUGGUGCUAUGGUUCACGGUGGAAUUCUCUCUGAGAUUAUUAAUCUCAAUGAGGACACACUUUGGACCGGCGUUCCCAGAGACUAUACAAAUCCAAACUCACCAGAAGCACUGGCAAAAGUGAGGAAGCUCGUUGAUAACGGAAACUUUUCUGAAGCAACUACUGUUGCAGACAAGGAGCUUUCCGGAGAACCAUCUGAUGUUUACCAGCUUUUGGGUGAUCUAAAACUGGACUUUCAUGGCCACAAUUCCACUCAUACUUACCAAAGAGAGCUGGAUCUGGAUACUGCAACUGUCACUGUGAAUUACUCAGUUGGUGAUGUAAAGUUCACGAGGGAACACUUUGCAUCAAAUCCUGAUCAAGUAAUUGUGACCAAGAUCUCAUCCAGUAAAAAGGGUUCUCUGUCCUUUACAGUAUCUUUGGAUAGCAAACUGCAUCAUCAUUCCUUCAUUGACAACAAAAAACAGAUCAUUAUGGAAGGAAGUUGUCGCGGUAAAAGGAUUCCACCAAGAAUAGAUGAAGUUGAAGAUUAUCCAAAAGGAAUUCAAUUCUCUAUGGUUCUCAAUCUACAAAUUGGUGGUGGUAGUGGGGUUAUACAUAAUGUAGAGGAUCAUAAAUUCCGAGUUGAAAAUGCAGAUUUUGCAAUCAUUCGUCUGGUGGCAUCAUCUUCAUUUGAUGGACCAUUCACCAAGCCUUCAAAUUCCAAGAAAAAUCCUGCUUUAGAAGCUGUCACUAUGAUGAACUCAAUAAGUAAUCUCUCAUACUCUGAUCUUUAUACCCGCCAUUUAGAUGACUAUCAGAGACUCUUUCACCGUGUCUCACUUCACCUGUCAAAAAGCAGCAAAACUUCGCAUACAAAUAAUGAAAAUGAUGAAGCUCCAACUGCAGAGAGGGUAAGAUCAUUUCAUAAUGAUGAAGAUCCAUCUCUAGUGGCGCUUUUGUUUCAGUAUGGUAGGUACUUGUUGAUUUCUAGUUCGAGACAAGGAACUCAGCCUGCAAAUCUACAAGGAAUAUGGAACAAAGAUGUUGAGCCACCAUGGGAUUGUGCUCCUCAUACAAACAUCAACCUGCAGAUGAACUACUGGCCUUCACUUCCUUGCAACCUUCACGAGUUGCAAGAGCCGUUGUUUGAUUUCAUGUCUUUUCUUUCAAUCAAUGGAAAGAAAACUGCAAACAUAAACUACAAAGCAAGUGGGUGGGUUGUGCACCAAGUGACUGAUAUUUGGGCAAAGACAUCACCUGAUAGAGGGCAAGCAGUAUGGGCUUUGUGGCCCAUGGGCGGGGCAUGGCUUUCGACUCACUUAUGGGAACACUACACUUAUACUAUGGAUAAGAACUUUCUAGAAAGUAAAGCAUACCCUUUACUAGAAGGAACAGCAUCUUUUUUAUUAGACUGGUGGAUUGAAGGAAAAUAUGGGUACCUAGAAAGUAACCCAUCAACUUCACCCGAACAUAUGUUUACUGCCCCGAAUGGAAAGCCUGCAAGUGUGAGCUACUCAUCAACCAUGGAUGUAGCUAUAACUAAAGAAGUUUUUACCAUAAUUGUUUCUGCUGCUGAAGAAUUAGGAAGAACUGGAGAUGAUCUUAUCAGGAAAGUUGUGAAGGCUCAAGCAAGACUACCACCUUACAGAAUUGCCAAGGAUGGUACACUUAUGGAAUGGGGUCAAGAUUUUGUGGACCCUGACCCGUUACAUAGACAUGUAUCACAUUUAUUUGGUAUAUACCCAGGUCAUACAAUAACCCCUGAUGAAAACCCAGAUCUCUGUAAAGCUGCAAAUCAUAGCCUUUACAAAAGAACAGAAGACGGCCCUGGGUGGUCUACUGUGUGGAAAGCUACACUGUGGGCGAAUCUGCGUAACAGUGAGCAUGCAUAUAGGAUGGUUAAGCAUUUGUUCAACUUAGUAGACCCUGACAAGGAGGGAAACUAUGAAGGAGGACUUUAUAGUAAUUUGUUCUCAGCACACCCUCCAUUUCAGAUAGAUGCAAACUUUGGGUUUUCUGCUGCUGUAUCAGAAAUGCUUGUACAGAGCACUAUGAAAGAUCUUUACUUAUUGCCAGCUCUUCCAAGAGACAAAUGGGCUAAUGGUUGUGUCAAAGGACUCAAGGCUCGAGGUGGUUUGACAGUCAAUAUUUGUUGGAGCGAAGGGGAAUUAGGUGAAGUCGGGCUAUGGUCAACGGACUCCAAUUCUGUCAAGAGAUUGCAUUACAGAGGUGCUACUAUUACAACACAAAUAUCAUCCGGUAAAGUCUACACAUUUGACAGGCAAUUAAAGUGCUUAAACAUACAUUCUCUUUAAUGGUAGGUUUCUUCCAUCAUACUCGCACAGAUAGUGAGAUAGAUCCAGGGAAGAAGCUCUUGCAUUAUUUUGCUACUAUAUCUUGUCAAUUCUUUAAAGGAACAUAAGUUCCUCAUUACUGUAUACUGAUGCUUAUUUCUUCCUAAUUUCACCAGAAUAUUGUAUGUGGAUCUAGAAAUUUUGUACCAAAUCUUCAAAGUAA